UACGUUAGUCGGAAUCGGACAGCCGUCCCGAUAUCACCGAUCUGUAUCAAAAUUACUGUCAGAUCCUUAAUAAAUGUUGAAACGCUGAUUGGACUUUACUCGGUUACUUUUACCAAACUGAGGGCUACCACCCGAGUGUUGAUCGGGUUAUAGUACAGCCGAGUGUUGAUCGAGUUGUACAGUAGUCCUUAUUGGCGGUGCUAAUUUAGUUGUCGGUAAUCGUCCCAAACCUUUCUGGACUGGACAUUGCCGGUAAAAUCCUUACGGACAUUCCGGGGAAUAAGGAUAAUUGGUGCAGAUAACCGGGUACGAUCCACGGACCUUGGCCAAGCGAGUUUUCCCCAAACCUCAACUUACCAGGACCCAUAGCCUCAACAUGGACUGACAUGCAGUUCCGACCACAGUGGCAGUUUUCGGCGCCGGUGUGCAGUAGAUGUAAUCGACGGCAUUACAACGCCUGCAACGCUUUGGAAAAACGAUGUCACCGAUGUGGACAGGAAGGACAUUUUGGCAGAGCGUGCGGAAACAUUGGAUCCCGUACUGUAUACAAAACCGAACCGAAAAGAAAAGAUUUUCAGCGACUCCGAGAACACAACGAAAGAAAGAAACUCGUCAGAGCACUUCCGUUUUCCAAGUUAAGUGACGCCGCUUUUAAACAAUGUGUUAGUGAUAAGUCUGUUUUCAUGUUAGAUUUAAAAGCAAAUAUGAAGAAAUUUCAAGAAACUAUCGCGACUUUGAAAACGGACAACUUGCAACUACAUUGUAGAUUCAAAAGUGAAACAACUUUCGUCGGAACUGGAAGAUAAAGACGACAAAUCAAAUUUUAUACGGUUUGUCUAAGUGGCGUUGUUUCGGACGGAAGGAAAAUGCGACCCAUAAUUUCGGAGUACCAGUGGCUUCUGGACAAUUAUGAAAUGGAACACAUCAUCUUGCAAUCUAUUAAAAGAAAAUGUGUAUGCAGGACAGAAUAGGAGAUCGACAGCGAGUUUUUACGUAAAGAACAUCGGUGGAUAAAGAAAUUCGGAAUUGACUUUGUGCUUAAAUCAUAACAAUAUAACAUUAACUUUUUAGUCUUUUUGUAAUGUGGACUGUCAAUUAUAGUUUUGCGUAGAGGAAAUUGUUUCAUAUAUGCGGCAUGUGUAAAAUGAGCUUAAAUUUUAUUAGUUUAAGUUUGGGGACCAAACUUUUUGUAGCAGGGAGGAGUUAUGUACAAAUUUUGAUAAAUUUUGAUUAUCAAUAAUCUAAAUUUUUGUAAAGGGCAUAAGGAAUAUAAAAAAAAUUCUUUUAGAUAAUAAUUUUGGUCGGGGUGUGAUCAAAUCCAGUAACGACAGAAUGGCUUUAUGAUAGAUUUGAUCACACAAAGCCGUAUUUGAUCACCUCAUAAUAUUCAAAGAAUUAUUACUUAAAUUUACAUAAUUUUCAGCAACUAUACGAUUGAAUAUCAAAUUAUUGACAUUAAUCUUUAUUUACAUUUUAUAAAGUUAUCAUGCUAACCCUGCGUGCGCCCCACACUGCGUCAUUUACGUUAUUGAUGGAAUAUAUUAGAAUAUACGUUACAAACAUUUGUAGCAUUACCACAGAAAGGCACCGAAAAAAGUAUACAUAAGAAUUUUAUUACCUCUUUUUUUUGGUGUAAUAUAUUUCAUGUACUUUUUUCUUUAUAGAUGCUUCACACCGUUUUAACCAAUUGCAAGGGUUGAAAAUGUUCAAAUGCAAUCACCGUAUACCAUGUAUACUUACUACAAUCGUCUUCUUAGACACGUUUUUGUCAAAAGACAUAAACAUAGUGGUGAUUCGGGUUUAAAAAAAAUGAUGACAAGGUUUUGAAUUUUUGUCAAUUUUUAGAAGCCUUUAUUUUAACGUUCAGUUGAAUACUAGAGAUAGUUUUGCUCUGUAAAAUAUUCUGUUUAUAUUUGUUUAUAAUGUCUGUCUAAAAUAAAACCACCUAUUUCUUGUUUCAGAUCUAUAUAAAGUCACAAAAGAAACGAAACCAAGCCACUGCGAUCUUAGUAACCGGUUCUAACAAACAAAUUUUAGUGUUUUAAUCUUCCUAGUUUCUUUACUGGUUUAACAGAAUGGGUCUACCUCGAUAAGGAUGGGAAUCGUUGUACAUUUUGUUACUUUCUGCGGAUUUUUGCUGGUUUUUCUACGUGGGGAAACGUGUGCAUAUAAUUUUGAAAUCGGUUACGAGUAUCAUUAUGAAUACAAAGCCAACUCGGUGGUACUAGAAAAUAACUUCAAAAUAUCCACUAUUGUAAAGUUCAGUAUUCAAUCGCUGAGGAGAACUAAUGGGUCACUGUUUUGCCAGCUUCACGUACACAAUUUCAUCCAGUCCGCCAGAGGGAAAACUAGAACCAACCCAGCCGGAUGGAAUUUUAAAAACGGAUUUCAUUUUGAGAUUUGUGAAGAUGGUCUGGUGAAAGUGGUCUUACAUGACCUUGAAGACCACAAUGAUGUCAUUAAUCUCAAAAAAGUCCUGGCCAGUGUAAUUUCAGCCACUGUAAAGCUUCAAACUUCAACUCCCAAAACAUUUACAAACUGGGAAGAAGAUCACAAUGGGUAUUUGCAACAUCAUUAUGAACUUCGAAAAACAACUUCCGGAUAUAAAGUCCUUAAAUUCCAUGAGAGUGAAGGGCAAGUCUAUAGAAAACACACAAAGACUUUACAUUACACCAACGAUGGAAUUAUUGAAUUCAUUGAGGCACACGAUAAAGUUAUUCUCCACAAUAAAAUUGAUUACAAGAAGCAGGAAGUGACGUAUCUACACCCUGUAUCGGGAGGAAAAGAAAUUGAAGAUGAAGCUAGUGGAGAUGUGAAAGAUAUCGAAUCGAGUACUAAAACAACAGUUCAUCUUGUGAAUAAAGUCAAAGUUUACCGAGUGGACCAAGUUUUAAACCUAGACAUUGCUUCAAAAGUUAAAGACAGCAUUAUUGCCAAAAAGGCAAAAUCCGAGAAGGUUCAUCUGGAGGACGUCGAUGUGCAAAAAGUGAUAAAAUCUAAAGUAGCUUGCAUUCAGUCUUACACUGAUGAAGCCAACAGAAAUAGAACUGAUUGUUUUGCUGACUUGGUACAGAUAGUUAACCGUCUUUAUAAAGAGGACUACGAGAAACUUGCUACCAUAGAGUUGUCACAAUGGUGUCAACACAAUGAUGCGAUGUGUGUUUCAAGAAGAAAAGUCUUCAUUGAUCUCCUAAUGAUCAAGGGGGGAAAUGUCACUCAAGAACUAAUAAUUCAUCAUUUUUUACAAAAUAAGGAUGCCAACGAAACCGACCUCUUUCAGAUAUUUUUUCAUAUUGCAAAUUUGCGAACCCCUACUUUGAAUUUUUUGGAGGGUGUGGAAGAACUAUGUCUUGGUCCAAAUCAUACUUUAAAAGGAUCAACAGCAAUGACCAAAACUCAGAAACACGCAUGUUUAGCAUUAGGUACAUUAAUAAACACCUUUAGAAACAACUCUAUGCACAGCAAAAAAACAGACACACUUUUGAAUACGUUACAGGAGUGGUUGACCCCUUAUAAUCAAACGUACUAUAAAGAAAUUCGAAGCAAACAACGACCACGUCGGUCAGUGGGUAGUUUCGACAGUGAGCUUCAUAACUACACUUCCUCGAAAAUGGUCUUGAUUCAUGCAUUGGGGAACACUGGGAGUUCUAGGGACCAUCUUUUGACCUACAUGCGACCCGGAGAAGGAGAUAACAGUUGGAGAAGAGCAGCCAUUCUAGGAAUGAGACAUUUUAAUUGUGUGGAGAGUUCUACUGCACUGUUGAAUUUGGUUGUGAAUGAUGGUUAUGGUGUCGUAAAAGUCCAAGCACUAGAGAUAUUUGAAAAACAUCCCUUAUCCAAGAAAAGUAUUCCAAAGCACAGAGAUACAAUAUUAAGUGCUUCAUACAAAUAUUCAACUCUGAUGAGAGUAAAAAGAGGCUUUCUGGAUAAGGAAUUCAAAGAUGGUUUUCUCCUUUCAAUAAAACUUCCUGGUAUGCAAUGGACGAAGGGACUUGGAAACGAGGCCAUUGGAGCUGCGUUUGGUAUCGUUGUAUCUAAUGAACUGGAAAUAGAAAUAAAACCCCUUAGCGGACAUGCCAUGUUCGACGUAUAUGAAAAUGUUUUUGCAAAAGUUCAUCUGGGCUGGUAUGGUGUGGAACAAUAUCUCUUCCGAGCACACGCCUGUUAUAGAGGACAUGCAGGAUAUGACCUCAACAUACUGAAGGAAUUUAAUAUAAACAGUGUACAGGACCUAGCUUUGAUAUUUGAUCACAUCAUGGAAACAAUCAUUGAUCCAGUAGUUGAUGUAGUUCAAGCAUUCAAAACCCUCAUCCAAUUAUUUGACAACGGUAUUGAGUACAUCAUCAACAAAAUCAUUGAAGUUGUUAAGAACUUUCCCCUUAUUUUAGAGGAUGUAGUUCAGAAACUAAUAGAUGGGGUAUUGGCAGUCAUUGACUUUGGAGGCUCACCUUGGAUUGAACAAAUAAAGAAAAUAAUCAUCAAAGCUAGAUACUUUGUUGAAGACAUCAAAGAAGAUAUAACUAAUUUUUAUAGCACUAUUGCUGAUGCAGUGACAGUGACAUUACCAUAUGUUGGCAAGAAGUUGUUUGACUCAGUGGCAUCAAUAAUUUCUGCAAUGAAAAACUUUUUAAGAAAUCCCAUUCAGUCUGUUACCAUUUUUGGAAAAUCAGUUCUAGACAUAAAGCUUGCAAUUGGAAUGUUCCUCGAUGUAAAGAACAAGGUGAUCGAAACUUUGUCUUUCUUCAAAGGCAGUACCCCUUUCUGGAUUGACUAUUGGGAAGAUUUAAAAGAGAUACUUGGAGAUGUUCAAGAUUUCUUUCAACUUCUAUUUGAAAAAAAAGAAAAACAAGCUGUUAAUUUUGAAGACGAGCUUUCGACAGCGCUGACUGAUGGUAUCAUAUUAAGGAGGGAGCAAUCAGAUAUUUUUAUUGAGGUUAUUAAAACCUCAUUUUGGAACCUUACGACUUCGUUUACAGAAACUUUGAAUGAUUUGGUAGCUCCAUUUUUCAAGGCAUUCUACUCCGUAUUCAAUGCUGUUAAAGCAAUAAAGUCUGGCUAUUUGUCCAUACGAGACAAAUUCAUCAAAAUAAAAAAUGUUGUUCAGAAAGUCUUUGGCUCAAAAUUCCAUAUUACAUUUCCUAAUCGUCGAAGGCGUGAGGAUUCAACAUGCGGGAUUGGCAUAUGGCCGACGAAUCAGAGUGAAAAAUAUCAAACAAUGGGGGUUGAUGUACGCGCAUCCUACUAUUCAGAUAUAAGGUGUCCCGUCAAUGGUGAGGUUUUUAGGGAGAGCAACAGAAUACGAAUCCUACCUACUGACGAUGAUUUUAUUGACUUGGAAAUCAUUAUAGAAAAUAUAUUACCUAAUUCAACAAUAUCAACAAGUGGCCAGUUUCUCGUAGCGGGUAAAGACAUAAUCGGCAAAGCUGAUCACUCACCCUGUAAACAAAACUGUAUCCACGUUUCCGUUCGCAAAAAAUCUGCAAUGCAAAUGAAGGACAACGACUACGAAUACAUAGAUCCUUCUCCCUUUCUGGAUCAUUUGCUUCCUACUCCUCGGUGGAUUUGGGAUUGCCGAGACUACACAUAUUUUAAUAUUUUAAGCGUGGUUUCGGCAGAUGUAAGUAGUGAGAGCUUAAAAGAAGAUAAUGAAGAAAUAGUUCGAUCGAAUUUUCCUGCAAACGUAAAUAGUGCGUUUCCACCAGCCGAACCGAACUAUCGACCUCCUGAAUUCGAAGUUACUAUUCCCUCAGAUCCAAUUGCAAUUAUUGCUAUGGAUAACUUCAAAAAGGGGUUUAGAGGUUUAAUUUCAGAUUUCAAAGAUAUUGCGAAACAGCUUUUUGAUUUUUCUAGCAACAGAACUGGACCCAAUAUCCUGGAUAUUGUGGAUAUCAACAAAUAUUCUAUCAGUAAAAUCAAAGAUUUACUCGGCGAAAGGUUUGGAUCAGAAAUGCUCAUCAUUUUAAAUAAACUUCAACAUCUUCGUUCUUCAAUUUCUGCUCAAAAUUUAGAUGGAUUAUCCCUUUUGAAACUUCAAUCUUUGUCGCCUGGAAGUUCAGCAUCAGGAACAAAAUCAAUUAUGAUAUCCAGAAUUUUAUCAAGAACAGAACAGGAGUGUCCGUCAUUUUUAGGAAAAUUGUCAAAAGGAUUUGGUAAUGUUUGUUUUCGUAAUCGAAAUUGCUACGAUAUUUCUUGUGCCAUUCCCCUUCCUUAUGCCAAUCAAAGAGUUAUGACAACUGUAGAUAUGAAGAUAGACAAUUGCUUGAAGCAACUUACAAUAUCAACACAAUCAACAACGGCAGUCGUUGAAUUCGCAAAUGCUACGGAAAUCGAAAAAAUGGUCCCGCUUGUUGCUUUGUCUCAAUUAAUGACGGCAGACCUCGUGGUUUUCAUCUCUAAUCUUUGGUUCAAACCUGUAGUUUCCUUAAGAGUGGAUCUCUGUGUAUCUGAUUACAUAUCAUGUCUUACCUCGAUUCCGGUGCUGCUUAAUUACGAAAUCAAAGACACGGACUGUUCAACAGAUGAUGAUGAUACCAUGUUGCCGAGCAUGAGUGACAUAACCGUUGAGGAUUUCAUAGCAGAACUCUCAGAACACAAUCUACUUGAUCAAGAAAUACUUAAAGCCCUGGAUACCAUCAGAGAGGCCAUGAUAGAUGAGUUAAUCAAUGACCCAAGAACUCUUUUAAAAAUCAUGGGGAAAGAAUUCAAAAAUAAAAUUGACUUCUGUGCUGAAGCAAACAUUCGAUUUCCUGUUAAGGAUUUCGUGAUUGUCAACAGCGAGUUGUAUCCACCAGUAUUUAUUAUGGUAGGACCUGUUCCAAUUUUUUUCGAAUUUGGAGCUACAGCAUCGAUUGGACUUCAAAUAGAAACAAGGCUUUGUAUUUUGAGUUGUAAGGCAAUGGCAACAUUACUUCCAGAGACAAGCGCCAAAGCCUGGGGAAGUGCACAUGUGAAAUUUUUUAUCGUGAAAGCAGGAAUUAUACUAACGGGACAUCUGCUUGAAACACGGUUUUCAAUUAAAACAGAAGUUUCCUUCGAUAAAUUUCCUUUGGAUGUUAAGAGUGGUCUGGAUAUUGUUCUUGUGCCAAUAAGACUAAAACUACAAGCAUAUUUUGGUUUGGAAUUCAAGCUUUGUCUCUGGAAAUGUGUUAAAAUUACAUUAACAUUUUUUCGCGGCACUCUUUGGACAUAUUCUACAAAACCAAUAUCUGGUAAUAUUUUUACGAAAAUAAACACUGAAAAGGACACAACUCCACCACAAUUUUCUAGACCUGGUUUAUUAGGUACUAGUAGUCGACGGAAACGAGAAACGAAGAGGAGCUGUCUCAUAAAGCAAAUACCUGGUCGGAAUCACAAAGAUCCUGCUUAUGAGCUACAAGUUGCAGCAGAUGAUGACAAAAGUAGUUUAAAGUUGUUUUAUGCAAUUGGCACUCAACAAGGUGGAACAAAUAUUCAAGAUUAUACAGAAAUCGGUGGGUUUUCAAUUUUAGUAGCAACCAAUAACUUAACUAAUGGGAUUCCUUUAUACUGGACAGUGAAAGCUGUGAACAGCCAAGGCUAUGAUGCACGCGUGUAUUGCAUGAUUCAUACCUACGACAACACCUUACCAGAUGGACGUGUUGAUCCUUCUUAUAAAUUUAGCUCCCAUCCGAAUGUGUUAUCAGGUACCAUUAAAGUAUUUGAUGAUUCCAAAUUACAACGGUUUCAUAUGCACGCCUUAGGAUUCUGCUCUGGGAUGUAUGGAAGCGAAGUCGUGUCUUGGAAAAAUUUUACGUUAGGUUCAACAUCUCGCAGAGUUGGAAUUUCGGAUGAUUUAAGAUAUUUUAAUGUUCCAAAAGAUGGACGACUGACAAGUAAACCAUUUGCAAUUCAUGUUACCACUACGCCGGUAGACUGUGCAACCCAUUGCAUUUAUGCAGGUAAAAAAUGUCUUUCAUUUGAUUACGCAUAUUACACAGAGUCUUGUGAGCUACAAUAUGCAAUACAAGGACCAACCGAAAAAUUGCGCAUAAGUGGUACUUACAUGAAUUAUGAAAGACUUGAAAGUGGACACAUCUCUUUCGAGAGGUACGAGAACCUUCCCCUUGAACAUGGUAAACUUUAUUUUAUUAAUGCGCGGAUUGGUAACGUACUUGGAUAUACUGGUUACCUUCCCUCACUUGGAACAAUGGUUGAUUUCACACCACCAAUGACUGGACCACUAGGCACAGGUUUUCGGGAAACAUUGAAGGCAGAUGGUUGCAAUGCAUCAAUAGCACAACGAUGUGUUGAAGUUACAUGGAAGGAAAAUCAUAGACAUAUAAUUGAUGGAAAAGGAUCAUCAACGGUGUUUAAUGGCCAUAUUCCUCUUGUUGAUCAAAUGUAUACAAAAUCCAGUCAUUACAUAUCAGUGAAUUUUGAUGGUUUCCAUGAUGAUGAGUCUGGUAUCAAUCAAUUCACAUGGGCGGUCGGUCGAUCGAUUUGUACAAAUGACGUACUUAAUUUUUCGGAUCCACAUGAGUUUGUUCAUAGCGUCAAAUACUGGACCUACCAUGGAUACGAGAAGAACCUAAAUUUAAAAGAUGGAAAGUACUUUAUGACGGUUCAGUGUCUGAAUAAUGUUGAAUUUGGAGGUUCUUUAGUAACAACGGUUUGUCACAGUUUACCUAUUACAGUGGACACAACUCCUCCAUUUUUUGAUGGCAUUCAACAAACUUAUUUUGACGAGCACUUCGACAUUUUGGGAAUUUAUUAUAAAGCUUAUGACAAUGAGUCUCUCCUUGCUAAUAUAGAAUUUGGAUUGGGAAAAACAAAGUAUGACGUACUAAUUAGGAAAAAUUCUUACUAUCCACCAAUGAAUGGAGAAGAUAAUCCGUUCAUCGUAAUAGAAGAACUUGGUUUAAAAGAAGGGAUCCCGGCCUGGAUACGAAUACGAGUCGAUAAUGGAGUUGGCUUGUAUAAAGCGGGUAGUGGUCCAGAGCCUAUCUUGAUUGACAGAUCACCGCCAAUAGCUGGUAACGUUUUGGAUGGUAAUGUCAUCCAUCACGACAUAAUGUACCAAUCCAGUGACAAAGAAAUGUGUGCUCAAUGGACAGGUUUCAACGACCCUGAGUCUGGCAUUGACCAUUUUCGAUGGGGAAUUGGUACCAAACCUGGAUUAGACAAUGUGAUGACGUUUCGUAAUUUUCCACACACUACGAUACAUUCAUGUGCUGAGAUUACUCUUAAACACAAUACAAAGUAUUACUCGACUUUGAUUGUCUUUAACGCAGCUCUUAAUUCUAAGGAUUCAAACAGUUCUUCAAAUGGAGUCCUCGUAGAUACAACACCCCCGACCAGAGGAUAUGCAGUAGAUGGCUCAGACUUGAAAGAGAAUACUUUAUUUUCAUCUGAAACAGCAACUAAAAGUGUUUCGUGGGGAAAUUUUUCAGACAUAGAAUCUGGAAUUGAAAAAUAUCUUGUUUCAGUCUAUGUUAACGACAAGAAGGUUAAACAAUUUGUUCCCAUAGAAAAUACAAGUUUUGUUGAUCAUUCUAUAAGUUUGGAUCAUAAUGAUAAAGUAAACUUUGAAGUAGAAAGCUUCAACAAAGCGGGUCUUUCAGUGGCUGUUAGUACUGACGGUUUCAGUAUAGAUCACACACCUCCAAAUUUAAUAGUGAUUCUAGACAACUUACAUGGAGCGAGGUAUCAGACAAAUGACAGCCUCCUUAAUUUGCGUUGGGAAUUUCAGGACAAUGAAUCAGGAAUAAAGGAAUAUCGAUAUACCGUUUUUGAGUUAAUGCAUGGUAUCAAAAAGAAAGUUUGGCCAAAGACAACCACGUAUCUUAAAAUAUCACCAAAGAGCAUGUCACAACGUAUAGACAUUGAUCUUAUUGAACGCCUGAUACCUGGCGCUACAUAUUCAGUUAAAGUAACAGCCAUCAACAAUGCGCAUCUUUCAAAAGUUCACGAAUCAAAUGGUGUAACUAUUGACCCAACACCUCCUAUAAUGAUUGAGGUCCACAUAGGAGUUUUAGAUGAAGAUGAGGAAAUUGAAAAUGGAUUUGUUCAGUAUGCAAAUACACAAUCUUUGAAAGUAAGUUGGGUGGGUGAGGACCCAGAGAGUAAUGUUAUGAAGUUUUUUAUCGGUAUUGGAACAAGUCAAGGGGAUGUUAGUCUGACCAAUGGCUAUAUUGAUAUGAAUAAAAAGACGUCUGCUGAUAUUAAAGUCGAAAUGUUGGCAUUUGUUGAUUCGGGUGCUAUUUACUAUGUAGCCGUCAAAGCUAAAAAUGGAGCAGGUAUUUUUUCAAACCCAAAAUUUUCAAAGCCAAUUAAAAUUUCAAAAGAAAAUAAAAUUGGAGUGGUUUACGAUGGAUGUGAACCAGAUAAGGACGACGACAGUUCAAAUGAUAAGUUUAGUAUUGCAAUGCAUUUCAAGGGAUUUGAAAGUGAAGCCUGUAAUUUAGUUAAGUAUGAAUGGGCAAUCGGGUCGCAACCAUACUUUUCUGACAUAAAUCAAUAUACAGAAUAUGGACUUGUUCACAAUGAAACUCAUGGAAAAGCACGAACCCACGUUGAAUUGCAUGAAAACCAAAAAUACUACAUAACAGUAAAGGCAAAUACAGGACAUAAAUGUCAUGAAGAAUAUAUCGUAUCGACUUCUGACGGAAUAACCACGGAUUUUAGUCCUCCAAAGAUAUCAGAUAUUCUACCAUGGGACAAUAUAGGACAUUUCUUUGAUUCUGAUUCCCAGUGUUUGUUUCAAGCAUAUACUGAUUCCUUUGAGUAUAGAUGGAGUGUUAAUGAUUUUUCUACAUUAAGGAAUGUUACUUUCUCAGUCGGAACACAGCCGUUUGGAAGUGAUAUUCUUCCUUUGCGACUCUCUUUGAACUCGCAACUUGAGCCAGGUGCCUUUUCCCCAAAAGCAGGAAAGUCAUAUUUCGUGACGGUUAAUGCAAUGGAUCAUGUUGAGUUUGUUGCAACAGAAACAUCUUUGCCUAUCGUUGCAGAUAUUUCUCCGCCAUCUAUUCAGAUGUUUAGUUGCACGAGUAUCGUAUCAGCAAAGCAUUCUGUUGUAAAAUGUUCAUGGAUAUUCAAAGAAGAAGAAAGUAAGCUUAAGCAAAGUAAAAUUAGUAUUGGUUCAUGGGAACUCUUGGAUGACAUCAUCAGAAACACAAUAUUACCUUCCAAUAUAAAUACAUGGAUAAUUGAUGUAAAAAACUCUUCCAAACUUGAGAAUCUGUCUAAAAUGUAUGCUACCUUAACUGUUACAAAUAUCAUGAACCAGUCUUUAACGGAAACGUUCCAAAUCAAAAUAGACUCAUCAGUACCAAAAAUUGAAAACGUUGUAUUUGUGACAUGGACAAAUCCUUAUAGAGAACGCAUUCAGCAGAUUUGUCAACAGCCAUGGACUUACGUGGAUGUCAAAAUAGCGGUCUUGGAGGACGAAGAAUCUGGUAUAUUUCGAGCGGAAAUAUGUCUUGGAAGUGAGCCAGGGUUGCGUGAUAUCGAAGACUUUCAAGAGCUGACGGACACAUAUGUUACUAUUAAUAACAUUGUUGUAUCUGCCGGAACCAAGAUUUUUGCCACAGUUAGAGCCUACAACAAAGUUGGACUCCAUAAUGUUGUGACAUCAGACCCAAUAAUAGUUAGUCCAGAUCCCGUCAUUGAGGUAUGGGAUGGUAACGACGUCAAGGAUUCAGAUUACCAAAAUGAUUUUCAUGUUAUUCAAGGCUCCUUUCGCUACUCUGACAAUUGCCCUGUCAUAAGAUCGGAAUGGUCCGUUGAGGACCUAACUGGAGAAACAGUAUUGGAUUUUACAAAUAUACCAGGGCAAGGUUUUUUCUUUUACAAUGACGAGCUGGAUUUAAAAAAUGAUGUGCGUUAUUUUGUGAAAGUCAAACUCGUAGAUGCUUUGAAUCGCACAAAAGUUGGUGUCUCAGACGGUAUUACAGUUAAAAUGCAAUUGCCAACUAAAGGAUCUGUCAGAGAUGGACUCGAUAGCAAUGAUAUUGACUAUCAAGAAUCCACAGCAGUCAUUUCAGCAAAUUGGGAUGCGUUUGGCGAUGAACUAUCGAAUGACCCUACUCAGGAGAUUCAUCAUUAUGAAGUUUCUGUAGGAGAUGACACAAAAGACCACACAACAAGAACUAACAUCCAUCAUUUUACAAAUGUCGGUUUGAACAAAAAUUUCACAUUUACAGGUCUAAAUUUGACACCAAAAGCUGUUUUAUAUUACGUAACCGUAAGAGGAUACAGUAUUACAGGAGCUUUUGAGGAAAGUUACUCAAAUGGUUUGCGUGUAGGAUAUCGUUUAGACAUUAUUCCAGGAACCGUAGAAGUAAAUGAAUUUCAGAGCAGUAAAAGUGAAAUAUCUGUUUCAUGGACAAAAUUUAAAUCAGAUAUUGGGAUAAGAGAAUAUAUCCUAACUAUAUCUACUGACGAUAUUCCGCAAAGUAAUACCACGUUCUCAUGCACAAAUAUUCAGCAUUAUACUACUUUAUUUGAUGUUGUACAUUACGUAACGGUUGGACUUGAUACAUAUGUAACUCUUAAAAAUUUAACCCUCAAUCACGGUGUGUCUUACUACAUUACUGUGAUUGCAAGUGAUGAAGCUGGACGAUGCUUUUCUUCCGAAAGCAAGUCUACUGUCAUUGACAUGUCACCACCAGUAGACAGAAAAGUUAGAUUUAUUAUAAAUGGAAGAGAUAUUAAUAAAUUGAAACAGUUCUAUGUGACCGAUUUAAAUGAAAUCGAAAUACAGUUGUUUGGAUUGGAAGACCCUGAAAGUGAAAUCAAUAUUAUUUCUUUUCGUUUAUAUGAAUACUUAAACUGUCCAACUUUUAAUAAAGAUGUAUUAGCUGUUCAUGAAGAAAUUGAGGCGUUUAAAGAUCCCAAAGUUAAAAUGAAAGAUCUGGGACUACAACCGCAUCGUUACUAUUUCAUUGCUGUCACGGCAAGUAACAACGCUGGCCUUAAAACCCAAUUCAAUAGCUCAGUAAUGUUACUGGACACUAGUGCACCAUAUGCUGGAUCUGCAAAAAUCGGGAUUGAUUGGGUUCAGGAAACAUUGUAUCAAUCGUCUACAUCAACAAUUGAAGUCUUAACGGCAAUUGCAAUGACAGAAAAAGCAUACUAUUGUGAUAACACUAGAACUGUAUUUCCCUCUGGGGAUGAUUCUGCUUGGUCUAUUUUAUCAGGAAACUUCUCGCCAGAAAGUGUGUAUAAAGAUAACGAAAAUUACAUUCUUUAUAUUGGAUAUAACAUCCCUCUAACCGGAGUGAUAAAAAGUGGAAUCGCGCGCUCAAUGGAAGAGUUACAUGAGGGUUCAUUUGUUUUAGUGUUAUCAGCAGCUAAAGGAAACAAUAUUUCCACAUCAGUUAUUAUUUCAACUUCCAAAGAAAACCCAUUUUUCCCGAAAACCUUUACUAGACCUACACCUUAUUCAACAUACUCUGACUUCGUCAACUUCAAUAUGUCUCAAUUAGAAAACGUGCAUAAAACUUUUUCGGACACGUUGAACACUACAUCUCCUCUAACAUUAACAGAAUUAAUAACUCCUCCAGUACCUAUUGUUGUUAAUCAUACUGAAACGACAUACGAUGGAGAUAUGGCUCUUGGAUUUGGAUUUCAAAUAUUAGGAGAUCAGCAGCAAGGGAGCGUUGAUUGGGAUUGUCUCUUUUGGGCAAAGGGUGUGUAUGGGGAAGUUCAUAAAUGGGUUCAGAUAAAAAAGAACCCUUAUGUUUCACAACUUCAAUAUAGUAUAAAAAUUGCAAAGAAAACCUUUAAUAGUAAAAGUAUCUUGGAUUUGAAAUUUUCAAUUGACGGAGUAGAAAAGGCCAAUAUAAAUGGAUUGAUUAUCGAUGAACAGAAUUUAACAAUCUUUGUCCAUACGUGGAAUUUCAAUGAAUUUCAGGAACCGCUAAAAGAUCCUUUAAACCCUUUUCGAUCAAAGGCAACAUUUUCAAAUCUCAAAAUUCCUUCAAAGAAAGCAAUGGAUUGCAUAUACGGAUCUGGUUUUUACGACGGAGAAAGCGGAAUUGCAGAAAUAUGGACAGGUGUAUCAGACAAUAUUAAUACUCCUGGUAAUAUCCGGGAAUUUGAAUUAAACCAGAUAAUGUGUACACCAUGUAGUUUAAAUUGUAAUUUCAGUUGUGAUGACAACUGUUCUUUUUCUGAUAACAAGUUUGAAGAAUUUAAAAUAAUCAAAAUUAAAAUAGACGGUCUAAAUUUGACGCCAACCAUUCUUUCGAACGAAAGAUUAAAUGCUAAUGUACAUACUGAAAUACAAAAUAUGACACAGUAUUAUGUUAAUGUCCAAAUGGUAAAUUUAGCUGGUCAGCCAGUAACUAGUAUAACCAACCCUGUUGUUAUUGAUUUAACGCCGCCCGUUUGUGAAUACGUCGAAUGUGUAGAUCCUGUGUUUACUGGAAUGGACACACCUACCCAAACAUUAGGUUCUAACAAAACAGUGGGUGCCUACUGGUCAUGUGAUGACAAUAUAAGUGGAAUUAAGAGAAUAUUUAUCAAAGUUGGUACUGGAAAGGAAGAUAUAGGCAAUAGAGAAGAUGAAAACAAAUUUGCACAAAAAUAUAUCGGAUCUGUUUCAAAAGUUCGAAUAGACCUAGACGACAACAUCUAUUUUGACGACAGAACAACUUAUUUUGUUAAUAUUUUGAUGUAUAACGGAGCCGGUCUUUCAGCCGUGUACAGUUGUAACGUUACUACAAUUCUGUCACCGCCUAAUGUAUCAUCUAUAGAUUUAGAAAUAAUGCAUUCAGCGGAGUAUAAAAAUGAAACAAGUCUUGUGUUCAUGGACUCACAGACCAGAUUUGGACUUAAAUGGAAUAACAAGCAAAACGAUACAGUGUUUUAUAAGUGGCAGAUGGGCACUUACGAAGGAAGUGCCGAUAUCAUUCCACCAACUAUCAUUGGAUUAACUAGAAAAGGAAUGGCACAGGUAUUAGAUGGUGAAUUGUGGCUUGAUAGUAACAACACAGAAGAAUCUUUCAUUGCAGUAGUUCCGAAUACUUGGAACAUUUUACCAACAGAGAUGAACAAAACACAUGACGAUUUUCGGUUUCUAAUGGAACCCGGACGAUGUGUUUAUCUCUCUUUGAUUGCUGUUGGAUAUUCCAAUUUAGAGGCGAAUGUCUCAUCUCGACAUAUAUGUUUCAAAAGAAAGGAUAAAGAGUUGGUUAUCCAUAAUGAACAAAACAGAUCAAUCAUAAUUGGAUGGAGUGCUGAUGCUAAGUUUGAAGUAGUACGUCAAAUAAACGGAAACGAAGUUGUAGCUAUUCAAUUAAGAGGUUACGUGAUCGAUGCCAUCUUAGGGAUAUUAUCCGACCAUGAUCUUACUAACGAGUAUGGAACAGCUGCAUCUAUUGAUUAUCAACCGUAUAUUAUAAAUCCUUUAACUUCAAGGUGGUCAUCAACUCGAGAAAUUCGGAAUAGAAUUUUAAUUCCACUUGGGAUCAACUUUUUCAUUGCCCCUGCCCCGGAAAUUGAUGUAGAAUGGAUUAGUGUACACAUUAAAGUAAAUCCACAGGACUUUGAUAAUAAUACAGUACCAGCUCUCCUCGUGUGGGACAGCUUUGUCUUUAAUUUCGAAACCAAAGCGUAUGGAAUAUGGCGUCACGUCGAAGAAGACUGUGGAAAAGAUAUUACGAAACCUACAGUUGAAGGAAACGUGUACAAAUCUAAGAUAUGCAUGCACAUCUUCCAAAAUCAAUCACGAAAAAAGAGAUCAACAGCUGUCAGUAUAAUCCAUCCUUACCAGUUUACGCUUACAACUAUGAACGUAUCGUACUACAACUCCCCACCUGUAAUAGAUAUCGAUACAAUAGUGACAAAAGAAGAUACACCGAUUAUCAACUUUCAAGUUCCUUAUCAUGAUGAUGACCUGGAUUCUGUGCAGUUUUCCUUAACAGAAAAAGCAAGCUUUGGUGUAGCAGAUUUAACAAUAAAUGGUAGCUUAACAUACUAUCCAAAGAAAAAUGUCUUCGGAAAUGAUACAAUUAAAGUUGAACUCCGGGAUGGUGCGAGAUACCCUUUGGUGUCAGAGAAAAUUAUUUUUAUCGAAGUUACAAAAGUAAAUGAUGUGCCAGUGUUUGGUUUUCUGUACAACACUUUAAAAUGCAAUGUAAUGGUAAACAAAACAUUAGAGCUAAAGUUUGAAAGCAACUCUACGUGGAACCAUAUGUUUUUUAUCGGGUUUGGCGAUGUAGACGACAAUGAAUCUUUAUCUUAUGUGUCAAAAGUCACAAACGCUAAUAAUCUGACUGUUACAUUGAGUAAAACAGAUGGAUCAUUGUUCGUCACUGACUUGUUUGGUCAUUUAAAUAUAAGGACCUACGCAGAAUAUUCCGUAGAUUUGAUAAUCAACAAACAUUUCCAUGGUGACUUCUUUAUGUACAUUUUAGGGUAUGAUAGCGAAAACUCAUAUACAGAGCGAUUGGAAACUCACAUUUACGUUUUUUGGUCACCGUGUGUUCAUGGAAUUUGUUCUCCAAAAUUCAACGAUUCUCCACCCUGCGACGAUGUCUCUAGAGCAACUUCAUUUGAUUUAUUCAAAUGUUCAUGUUUUUCGGGGUAUACUGGCGAAUGGUGUGAAAAUGAAAUAGACGAAUGUUUGCAGCAGCCAUGUGGAGAAUUGUAUAACUGUAUUGAUAAGGUCAACAGUUACGAGUGUGAAGUGAAAAUUUGGUUUCCGAUUUUAAUCAUUAUGCUUGUGGUUAUUAUAAUUGCUAUCUUUAUAGUGGUUAUGAUUUGUAUACUCAAACCAACAGAGGAUGAUGAAACGAAGGACAAGAAGAUGUCGUCCCUUGGGAAGUCACAAAUGAGGCUUACAUGUCAUUCGUAA